CAGGAAGACGCUGGUCAGACCUAGCCCGAAAGGAGGAGAGAAAUGGAGGAUAACUUUCACCUCGGAGAUGCUGGAACAGUAAAAAAUGUUGCGAAGUCUGGACGGAGGGCUCGCCUUGCAGCUGAUCAAUCUUCAUUUGAGGAUUCUCGUUACGUAAGGAAGUCCUCCACCUCUGCUUCAAUGGGAGAAGAUGAAGAUGAGCCCCCUCCCCCUAAACCGGCCCGGCGGCAAGGUGGCUGGGCAGAAGAAAGCUCUGGGUCUGGAUCUGCCAAAUCUUCAAGGAGACCUGCAGCUGAGGACUUGGAGGACCGCCGCCUUCGACCACAAACUCCUAAGGGAUCAGAUGAUGAAGGAGAUAUUCCAGUGAUUCCAGAUCUUGAAGAAGUACAGGAAGAAGAUCUCACAAUGCAAAUUGCAGUUCCACCAAGCAUCCAGGUGAACCGGGUAAUGACCUACAGAGAUCUGGACAAUGAUCUGAAGUAUUACUCUGCCUUUCAGACCUUAGACGGAGAGAUUGACUUGAAGCUCCUCACCAAGGUUUUAGCACCAGAGCAGGAGGUGAAGGAGGAUGAUGUGAGCUGGGACUGGGAUCAUCUGUUUACAGAGGUGUCCUCAGAGCUGCUGAUGGAAUGGGAUCAAGGAGAGAGUGAGGAGCAGGCUGCAUUGCCUGUAACAUGAGGAGGAGGUUUGGACUGAGGCUUUAAAUGGCUCCAGUGGGAACUGGAUGAAUGGCCAUUACACAGAAGGGCCGGUGACUUUGGUUAUAUUAACUUUAAUUACUGUUUGUUAUCCAGGAUUUAUAUUCUAUAAAGUGUAUAUUCAACAUGUCUUCUAUUUUCUAAAUAAAGUUUACUGAGGAGUGGACGGUGCAGUGUUGUCUGACCCUGUAUAUUGUUGAGGUUUUUGACUUUCACCCUUUUUUUUGUUAGUUUCUAAAACAGCCAAAAGGCAAAAUGAUUUUGUUUGAAAAGCCCCCCUAAAAAAUAGCUGUCACAAAUACAAAUGCCCUCCCUGUAACUGCCAGCAUUAUCAACACCCUCAUACAAGUCCAAGGUUGAUAAUCAGCUAAGCUGAAAUCCAGUUGAUUGUGUUCAAAUUAACAUUCCUCAUUAAAGCCUACAACCUUAUUGUUAU